AUGAGUACAGGUAAAUUAAUUCUUGGGAUCUGUAGUGUAUUCUAUCUUCUCCUGGGAGGAAGAUGGACUCUUGUUAUUUUAACUUAUGGACUUUCCUUAUUAUAUUCUUUAGAAAAGAAAUCAUCUCAAGAAUCAACUGAAUCAUUAGCUGAACCUACUACUAUCAAAGAAAAACCUGCUACUACUAAAGAAUCUCCCAUAUAUGCAGUUGACUUCACUUCAACCACAUUCACCCCAUCAUCAACUACCGAGAUUCCAAAAUCCAUCCGAGGAUCAAGACCAAAAAGAUCACCAAAAGUCAUUAAAGCCAUCAAACCAACCGUCCCAACUUCCGAACCAAUCUUAUCAAGAUCAGCAGUUGAUUUAACUCAAGCACAAAUAUAUAUAUUCUAUACCACUUUAACUGGAUCAUCCCAUAGAGUAGCUAAAUCACUUUUGACCAAACUUGAAUCACUUUCAUUAACCCAUCAACCUAAAUUAUUAAGUCUUGAUGAUGAUGUUGAUGAUUUAGAAGAAUAUUUCCUCAAAACUCCAACCAAAGAAGAUGUAAAAAAUAUCUAUCUUCUUGUAUUACCUUCCUAUGAAACUGAUUCUCCUAUUGAUUAUUUCUUGGAACAUUUACAAGACACUUAUCAAGAUUUCCGAGUUGAUAAAUAUCCAUUAAGACAAUUAUUAGGAUUUGCGGUAUUGGGAUUGGGAGAUUCUGAAUCUUGGAAGGGGGAUAAAUUCUGUUAUCAAGCCAAAUUGGCUGAUCGAUGGAUGGGGAAAUUAGGUGCAAGAAGGUUAUUCCCGGUUGGUGAAGUAUGUAUGAAAUAUCAAGGUGAACCAAGGGCACAAGAAUGGAUCAAUGAUUUUGCUACUUUGUUGAUCGAUGAUGAACCAUUUUAUAUUGAUGAAAAUGAUGAUGUUGAUGAUAGUGAUGCCGAACAAGAGGAUACACAAGAUGAUAAUGAUACAUUAGUUGAUGUUGAAGAAAUGGGAACUAUUAUUAGAAAGAAUGGGAAAUCAGAAUUAGAAACUAAAGAAAUGGUCUCCAAAGAUUCUCCUACUUAUAAAUCACUUACAAAACAAGGAUAUACUAUAGUUGGAUCACAUUCUGGAGUUAAGAUUUGUCGUUGGACAAAAUCAGCAUUACGUGGACGUGGAUCAUGUUAUAAAUUCGCUUUUUAUGGGAUUAGAUCUCAUUUAUGUAUGGAAACCACCCCAUCAUUAGCCUGUUCUAAUAAAUGUGUCUUUUGUUGGCGUCAUGGUACAAACCCCGUUGCUAAGCUGAAUUGGAGAUGGGAAGUUGAUCCACCUGAAAAAAUCAUGGAAGGUGCAUUAGCAGGUCAUUAUCAAAAGAUUAAACAAAUGAGAGGUGUGCCUGGUAUACAAAUGGAUAGAUUCCAAGAAGCAUUCAGAGUAAGACAUUGUGCAUUAUCAUUAGUUGGAGAACCAAUUUUUUAUCCUCAUAUUAAUGAAUUCGUAUCCAUGCUUCAUGAACAACAUAUUUCAUCUUUCCUUGUUUGUAAUGCCCAACAUCCAGAUUGCUUGGCUAAGUUAAACAAAGUUACCCAAUUAUAUGUUAGUAUUGAUGCCCCUACCAAAACCGAUUUGAAAAAGGUGGAUCGUCCAUUAAAUAGUGAUUUCUGGGAACGAUUAAUGUCAUGUCUUGAUAUUCUUGCCACUACUCAAUCCCAUCAACGUACAGUUUUCAGAUUAACUUUAGUUAAAGGGUUCAAUAUGAAUGAUAUUGAGAGUUAUGCCGAUAUGGUUCAACGUGCAAAACCAUCCCAGAUUGAAAUCAAGGGAGCUACAUUCUGUGGAUCAUCCAAUGGGAAUGGGAACCCAUUAACGAUGCAAAAUAUCCCAUUUUAUGAAGAAUGUAAAGAUUUCGUGGUGAAAUUAACUAAUGAAUUAAAAUCUCGAGGAUUGGAUUAUGAUAUUGCGGCAGAACAUGCUCAUUCUUGUUGUAUUUUGGUUGCACAUAAUCGUUUCAAGAUUAAUGGGAAAUGGCAUACUCAUAUUGAUUAUCCCAAGUUUUUUGAAAUGUUGGAACAAGGUAAAGAAUUUGUUGAUAUUGAUUAUGUGAAGGAAACUCCAGAUUGGGCAGUUUGGGGUAGUGAAGGAGCUGGAUUUAAUCCAGAAGACACUAAGUAUGAUAGAAAAGCUGAGAAAUUGAAGAAGAAGUUGGAAAGAGAUGAACAAGCCAAGAAGGUGAUUGAACAAAUAGCUUGA